AAAUGGAAGACCACCCACAUUAAUAACAGGUAAACAAACAAAAGAGAGAAAAAAGUGGAAGAGAGAGUGUCUCAUAAUACACCACAAACAAAAUACUUCACAUCCAAGCAAUUUCCUUCAAAAAAAUAAUAAUUAAAAAUACCCAUUUCAUUGGUGAUUCUCAAAACUUCAAAAUAAUCAAUAAAGUUUUGAUUUUUCCAUCUGGGUCUUGUGUUUUGUUGGUGAAUCUGAUCAAAGAAAAAAGUGGGUCAUGUCGUGUUCUUCUUCAUCAGGAUCGGAGGAAGAUGAUGAGGGCUUUGAGUCCUAUCGGAAAGGUGGAUACCAUGCUGUUAGAGUCGCUGAUCAAUUCGCCGGUGGGAGGUAUAUUGCUCAGAGGAAACUUGGUUGGGGUCAAUUUUCUACCGUUUGGCUUGCUUAUGAUACUACAACCUCUUCAUACGUUGCUCUCAAAAUCCAGAAAAGUGCAGCCGAGUUUGUUCAGGCCGCCCUUCAUGAGAUCAACGUUCUUUCAUCCAUUGCUGAUGGGGACCCAUCAAAUUCAAAGUUUGUUGUCCAAUUGAUUGAUAACUUUAAGCACACAGGUCCAAAUGGGCAGCACCAUUGCAUGGUCCUUGAGUUUCUUGGCGAUAGCUUGCUUCGUUUGAUCAAAUAUAGCCAUUACAAAGGUCUUCCAUUGAAUAAAGUUAGAGAGAUUUGUAAAUACAUUUUGAUUGGUUUGGAUUACUUGCAUAGUGAACUUGGUAUAAUCCACACGGACUUAAAGCCUGAAAACAUUCUUCUAUUUUCAACUAUUGAUCCUUCCAAAGACCCUUUUAGAUCCGGACUCUCCCCAACUUUAGAACGGACCGAGGGAAACACAAAUGGCGGACUUACAAGUCUUAUUGAGAAAAGGUUGAAGAGAAGAGCAAAGCGUGCAGUUGCUAAAAUAUCGGGAAGAACGGCUUCAAUUGAAGGAAGAGGAGAAGCUGCAAAGUCUAGUAGAAAUAUUGAAGGGAUUGAUAUGAGAUGCAAGAUUGUCGAUUUUGGAAAUGCAUGUUGGGCUGAUAACAAGUUUGCAGAAGAAAUACAAACAAGGCAGUAUAGAGCCCCUGAAGUUAUACUGAAGUCCGGUUAUUCCUUCUCUGUAGACAUGUGGUCUUUUGCUUGCAUUGCUUUUGAGCUUGCCACUGGAGAUAUGUUAUUUACACCCAAAGGUGGUGGACAAGGUUAUAGUGAGGAUGAGGAUCAUCUUGCCUUGAUGAUGGAACUCCUCGGAAAGAUGCCGCGGAAGAUUGCUAUUGGUGGAGCUCAAUCCAAGGAUUACUUUGACCGGCAUGGUGAUCUAAAAAGGAUUCGAAGGCUAAAAUUUUGUCCACUUGACAAAUUGCUGAUUGAUAGAUAUAAAUUUUCAGCAAAUGAUGCUCAAGAGUUUUCAGAAUUUCUUUUGCCACUUUUUGAUUUUGCCCCAGAAAAACGACCAACUGCACGGCAAUAUCUGCAACACCCCUGGCUGAACUGCAAUGAAUCAGCACCAAAUGAAAUGAGAAGUGAAUCUACUGUGGAAAAGGUUAAUGUUGGUAUGAGCAACCUUCAAAUCAAGGUAGGAAAGUGAAGGUGGAAUAUGUGUUCUGGCAUGGCUUUUACCACAAUCAAACAAUUUGGCCCGUUGGAUCGAAACAAAGUCAGAUGUGCAUCAUCCGAUCUUAAUUCGAUGGUUUGAAUUGUUUGAUUGGGCAAAUGCGGGUCUGACUGCAAGGAAUCCAAAUCCGGGUUUUGACAGUCAAAGACACAACUUUAACAUCAAUGACUAUAGUAUUGAUUGUGAUUUAUUUUUGUUUUAUGACAUUCUUUCUAUUGGAUUAUUAACUACAGAGAUGUAAAAUUAGUACAGAAUUUUGUUCAUGCAGAGAUAUCUGACAACAGUUUGCGUGUAUAUUAUUCACAUGUUGUAAUUUGUUACAUUAUAUCAAAGUCUAGAUUUUUAUUGAUUUUA